UUUUAAGACGAGAUAACUGUAAAUUCUUAUGUAAAAGAGAGGUUUGAGAUAAGGUAAACGGAAUCCUCGCACGUAUUGGGAAGCCCAAUAAACUGUUAAUUCUAGGUAAUCGCCAAAAACCCAUUACUACAACGUAUAAUUUUAUUUUGUCUUACUAAAGGAUAUUUUAUUAUUAUCUUAUCAAUCUCGUUAAAGAUUUGAUUGGAUACAUCCAUCUACAGAUUUUAAAAAUUAUAUUUUAAUUAUAGAAAUAUCAAAUUGUAGUUUACGACAAAUGGAAGAGUCUAUUCCUAAACCCGCUGAGAAUAACAAUCAAAUUAAUAGUAAUUCGGCCGAAGAAGAAAAUCCUCUGGCCUUCAUUUCAAGUGAUUAUUUUCUCGGUUCGGAGCCUGAGCUUGCAUCAGAAAAUAGAAAGAGAAAACGAAAACGCAGAAGUCGUUCUCUUGAAAAAGCAAAUAAAUUAGCAAAAAAUGAAUCAAGUGUCAAAGUAAAAAAGACUAGACCAAAUUAUUUUCUAUCCGUUCGUCUUAAUUCUAAAGGAAUACAAGAAAAAUUUAAUGAAUUUUUUAAUUAUGUGUCUAAAAAAUUCCCGGAAUAUAACAAAAUGCUUAUAAAUCCUCAACAGAUACAUAUUACGCUCUUUGUACUUCAUCUAGGAAAUGAAGAUAGUAUCGGAAAUGCAAAGAAUUGUCUAUUAACUAGCAAAGAUAUCAUGAAAGACUCUUGUCCAAAUUACAAGCCGUCUCUUCAUUUCCAAGGAAUCGAUGUAUUUAAUGGAGGUCGAGUAGUAUAUACUACACCAAAGAAUAACGAUGAUUUGGUUGCCUUUACAAAACUUACAUAUGCUCUUCAUGAAAAAUUUCAACGAGAAGGCUUCGUAAACAAUGAUAUAAAAAAAGAAUUUAAACCUCAUGUGACACUUAUGAAGUUGAGAAGGAAGACAAUAAUCAAGCAUAAUGAUGGGAAAAAGAAAGAGGUCAUUAAACGCAUUUUACCUGAAGUUUAUGAACAUUUUAAAGAAAGCGUGGAAUUGUCUUCAAUGCUUUUACCCAAAGGUGACGAUGGAUAUUACGCUAGGUUAGGAAAUAUAGAAUUUUAAAUAUAUAUCAGGUAUUCUUACUUCCGACCACGUGUAAGCCCAAUUCGAUUUGUUUUGAUUAAGCCAGUGUUUUUUAUUAAAAAUAUUUUAUUAUUUAAUGUUAAAUAAUCUUGUAAUUUAAUAAAAAAUAAAAAAUUAGUAUUAUAAAUUUUUUAAUCUUUGGAAUUUUUAGAAUUGGAAUCCUUGCUCAUUUACGUAAGAUAAUUAAUUUGAAACAGUUACAAUACCU